AUGCGCGCGUUUAUUCUCACGUGCCUGGUUGGCCUGGCAUUGGCAGCGCCCCAAGGAUACAACUAUCAGUCAAACAAUCUACAGCUGCCCGGCAUUCCAGGCCUCCCCGGCAUUCCCAACAUUGCGCAGCAGGCAGUGAGCAUCGAUGAGCAGCGAGUGCUGCAACAGGCAUUGCAGGCGCCCAAGGUGCAACAGCUGCUGAGCACAUCAUCAGUGGGCAGUCAGCAACAGCAAACACAAACGCAGACCAUCUACCAGCAGCCACAGCAGCAGCAAAUCUUCCAGCAGCAACCACAGCAACAGCAGCAGCAGCUGUUGCCUGCCAACUUUGGCUUCAACUUCCAGCAACAGCAGCAGCAGCCACAGCAGCAACAGUAUCAAAACUACAAUCCCAGCGCCUCGCUUGUGUCCAAGGAUAUCUAUGUGCAUGUUCCACCCGCAGAGGAACCCGAAGAGCGUUAUUCCCAACCUCAGCUGCCCAUUGCCCCACCACGCAAGCAUUAUCGCAUUGUGUUCAUCAAGGCGCCCACGCCAAGCGCCAGCAAGGCGGCAGUGCGCGUUAAGCAGGCGCCAGUGGAGGAGAAGACCAUUAUUUAUGUGUUGACGAAGAAACCCGAUCCACUUGAUUUGCAGGCGGCCAUCGAGGAGGCGGCGCCUAAGCAGAUCAGCAAACCGGAGGUCUUCUUCAUCAAGUACAAGACGCAGGAGGAAGCUGCGCAUGCUCAGCGCACCAUACAAGCUCAAUACGAUCAGCUCGGCGGCACCACACAAAUCUCUGAUGAGGGUGUCGCCCCAGUCACCUCAGUGAUCGGUGCUUUAGAUAACCAACGUGCCACUGUCUCAUCCACAGCCACUGCCUCGGGCAAUGUGAAUGCCAUUGGGGGACUCGCGGGUGCCAUACCGAGUAAAUAUCUGCCGUCGCAUCUGCGUGCGUGA